UGGGCGGCACAGCAGCGUCGAAAAAGGAAGUGUCUUUUUGAGGACAGAAGAGUUUUUUUCUGCACUGCUUUUUAUUCUGUGGCGUUUGCGAACGAUGUCCCGUGCCCACCUGCCUCCCUUGGUGACUGGCAUCUCACCCAAUGAGGGCACUCCAUGGACCAAAGUCACGAUCCGUGGAGAGAACCUGGGCACUGGACCCAAUGAUCUCAUUGGUCUGUCUAUCUGUGGUCACAAUUGCCUGUUGACUGCAGAAUGGAUGUCUGCCAGCAAGAUUGUGUGUCGAGUGGGUCCUGCUAAAGACGACAAAGGCGAGAUCAUUGUCACCACCAGGAGUGGAGGGCGAGGAACGUCCACAGUCUCCUUCAAACUGCUCAAACCCGAGAGGAUUGGCAUUCUUGAUCAGUCUGCGGUCUGGGUUGAUGAGUUAAAUUACUAUGACAUGAGGACAGAUCGGAACAAAGGAAUCUCUCCUCUCUCACUGAGGCCAGCCAAUCCUCUGGGCAUCGACAUAGACAAGGGAAACGUUGCUCUGAAGGAUAUAGAGAUCAUGUUCCCUGGUAUGAGUGGAGACUUCACCAGCGAGAAUUUCUCUGCCACCUGGUAUCUCAUUGAGAACCAUUCAUCAACCAGUUUUGACCAGCUGCGUUUGGCUGUGGGGAAUCUGAAGAAACAGGCCAGUAAAAAGAACGAAGGCAGUCUGGCCUACGUGAAAGGAGGACUCAGCACUUUCUUUGAGGCUCAGGAUGCUCUUGCAGCUAUCCAUCAGAAGCUUGAAUCAGAUGGCACAGAAAAGGUGGAGGGUUCUAUGACCCAGCGACUAGAGAACGUCCUCAACAGAGCGAGUGAAACUGCUGACACCCUGUUUCAGGAAGUAUUGGGCAGAAAGGACAAGGCCGACUCUACACGCAACGCUCUAAACGUCCUCCAGAGAUUCAAAUUUCUGUUUAAUCUGCCACUCAACAUUGAACGCAACAUCCGGAAGGGGGAUUAUGAUGUGGUAAUCAAUGAUUAUGAGAAAGCCAAAUCUUUGUUUGGAAACACAGAGGUUCCAGUCUUUAAGAAAGUAUACUCAGAGGUGGAGACUCGAAUUGAUGCUCUGAGGAAAUUGCUGCUGGAUAAAUUACUGGAGACGCCGUCCACUCUACACGAUCAGAAACGCUAUAUCAGGUAUCUGUCAGAUCUACAUGCUCCAGGUGACCCGGCAUGGCAGUGUAUAGUCGCACAACACAAAUGGAUCCUACAGUUGAUGCAAAAUUGUAAAGAAGAUUUGAUCAAAGAGCAGAAAGUGAGUGGUGUAGGGUUAGGACUGGAUCGCUCCUUGGCUCUGAACAGAAUCAGUCUCUCAGCUCCAGUGAAGAGAGGAGGCAGCUUCCAGACACCCAAAGAUGACUCCUGGCAUUAUAAGAGUCCUCAGCAAGUGAGGUUUGUAGAGAAGCUCUCAGACGUGGUUAUCAGCCAGCUGCCGAACUUCUGGAAGCUCUGGAUCUCCUACGUCAAUGGCAGUCUCUUCAGUGAGACUGGAGAGAAGUCCGGUCAGGUGGAGAAGUCAAAAAAGAAUGCCCGGCAAAGACAGAGUGACUUUAAGGGCUUGAUUGAGGAAGUGACCCGUCGUUUGGUGCAGUUCGUUCGAGGGGCUCUAUUACCCUCCUCUCUUAACGAUCUGGAGCUGCGGCAGUAUGGAGGAUGGGACAACAAAACCCCACUCAGUGGAGCCUGGCUAACACAGGUGAUCCACACAGUCAGGCUGAGUCAUGAGGCUCUGUCUGCUUUGGAGAUUCCUAAUGACCUGCUGCAGGUGAUUCAUGAUUUACUGCAGGACCUGCGUGUGCACUGCCUACUGAUCACACUACAGCACACCGAAGAGGAUGUAAAGAGACUUGCAGAAAAAGAAGACUGGGUUGUGGACAAUGAAGGAAUCACAUCACUGCCGGCCCAGUUUGAGCAGUGCAUGGCUCAGAUGCUGCAGUCUCUGAAGGAGCCUAUGGAGUGUAAACCUGGAGAGAUCAAUAUCUUGAAUCUGAAUGUGGUCCAAGACAAAGCUUUCGAACAGUGUGUUGCUAUCAUGAAGGUCUUUAUUAAGUGCCUUGAGCAGCUCAGCACCAAGACUGAUGGAGACAUUGACACUUCUCAUAUGUCAGUGGAUUUGGCUUCACCUGAUUUAUUUGGAAGCAUCAAUGAAGACGUUGGUCCAAAACCAGAGCAGCAUCUUCUCAUCAUCCUUAGUAACUGUCAGUACCUAGAGAGACACACGUUCCUAAACCUGGCUGAACACCUGGAGAAGAACAACUUUACUACUGCAGAGAAGAUCAUCAGGGUGAGCAUAGAGGCAGUAAGACAGCUGGACGAACAUCUGUUUGAGACGUACAUCGAGAAGAAAUCUGAUCCUAUCGUCGGCUCUCUUGAACCUGGCAUCUAUGCUGGCUACUUUGACUGGAAGGACUGUCAACCACCUACAGGUGCGAGGAGUUAUUUGAAGGAGGCUUUGGUCAGCAUCAUCUCUGUGCACGCUGAGGUUUUUGCAGUGUCCAAAGAGCUUGUUCCUCGUGUUUUGUCAAAGAUCAUUGAGGCUGUAGCUGAAGAAAUGAGUCGCCUGAUGCAGUGUGUGUCCUCGUUCAGUAAAAAUGGUGCUCUGCAGGCACGUCUGGAAAUCUGUGCAUUGCAAGACGCAAUAGAGCCGUUCCUAACAUCAGAGAGUCGCACUAGUUUUAAGCAGGCGAUUGAAUCUCUACCACAGCUGCAGAGUGGAGCUGACAAAAAGCUCUUGGAAGAGCUACUGAAUAAAUUUAAGAGCAGCAUGAAGUUACAACUGAAUUGCUUCAAGCCUACCUCUUUUCAGCCUGUAAAAAGAUAAGCCUGCAUAAAACCCAUUCAAAAAUACACAAUGCCUCUAUAAUGUGUAACACUAAGUGAUCAUUCAUUCUUUUUCUACUUGCUAAGUUAUGCAUCUGUUUUUGUGUGUGUAGAGAGAGGGAGGAUGUGGCAACCUGAUUAAGAAUGUUUAAGUAUGCUGCUUGUGAAUUAAUCUGAUAAAUUACUUCCUUUUUUUGUCCACCUUAAUGACUGCAAUGCAUAUUAAAUAACAAAUAACUCUAUGUGCACGUUCACAGUGUGGGAUUUUCUGCAAGCAGUUACCAGAGUAAUUGCAAGGACUGUGUUUAUGCUUGUGUGUGAGAGAGAGUUAGAAAUAGCGAGACCAAGCAGAUUGCACUUGGAAUGAUGAAGCUGGCGAGUUCAGAAAUGAUUCUUGUCUGUCGUCUUUCAUCUAGAGAGACAUUGUUUGUAGAAGUAUAUCAUGACCACACAUUCGCUAAUGUGUGCACACACCCUGUCUAGUUUCAGACAGAAAGACACACCCUGCCCCGCCUUAGCAGUAUGGGGAUAUUUUUACCUGGCCUGUGAGGAAGUGUUGAGGAUUGUGAGGUUCCCUUUACAAUAAACCGCAAUUAAAUGCUAAGGCAUAACUGGCUAGAAAACAAACUAUUCUCUUAAUUAACAGCUCUUCCAGGCUGUUAACAAGCCAUCAUAAAAACUCCACAAUGCACAAUGAAAAUAUUUCUCUCUACCCUUGUGUCAUCAUUAGUCAUUCUGUUUUUUGUGAAACCCUAAAAACGUGCUGCGAAAUGACGCAAAGAUACCUCUUUCCCGAAGUCUUGUUUUGUUGAUUUUCUCUUCUAAAUUUAGAGCUCUGAACACCCACUCAUUUAAGGGAAGCAGUUUGACAGAAUCACAUCAAAGCCAUGUGUGGCACCAGGUAAAAGAGUGGGUGGAUUGAUCUCAGGCUGUUAGACUUGAAGGGAAGUUUUUAAUUACUGUACCUUUCCAUUUGUAGGCAGCAGAAAAUGAUCCAAACAUGUUUAAUAAUGUAGAACUGUGAGCCUGUAAACAGUGGAAAACUCAAGAGAAUUGAUUGUGUAAAACAUAACAACUUUUCUCAGGGUAUUCCAUGCAUAAGCUAAUAUAGGUGAGCCUGUUUACAUGCACACCAAUAUGCUGAUAACUCCCAAAAGUCAACUUAUUUAACAAAACAAAGCAGGAAAACAGUUUACAUGAGAUUUGAAAUAAUCUGGUUAUUUUUAUGUAAAAUCAUGAAGAGGCAUGUGCACAACAAUUGCGAACAUUGGAUAAGCCGGUAAGAAUGUCUGUAAAGGUGUUUACAUGCAAUGCCUAAUCAGGGUAAUGGGCAAUAAUCUACCUGCAUCAAACGGUUUAUUCUUAAGCUGUUUACGAACUUUUCACUGUUAACGGAAAGUGGGCUUAUUAGACAUAAUCGUGUAAGAACGUGCAUGUAAAUGCACUAAAUGAUGUAGCAUAAUAAAAUAGAUUUUGACUUGAAUAGUUCCUUACCAGAAAUAUAUAUAGUACAAAACAUGUACUGAUGUCGUAUAUGAUCAUAUUAAGGGCAAAGAAACUAUAUAUGUGGCAAACUAACUACUGGUGAAGUAAAUAAGUAUCUUCAUAGAGAAGGAAGAAUAAUAAGUACUUCUUCCUCUGUGAUGACAUCAAGUUGUGAGUAUCUGCCAGCACCAUCCUGUCUACAAACCACAAACUCCAUCCUGUGUGCACGCCGUCAUACACUUACACACCCUGCCUAUAUACUCAACAGAUAACAUAAUGCUUCCAUUAAACGUAUAUGGUGGUCUUCGAACACUUUCUUGGGGAUUCCAGUUUUUGUACCGGGGGUUGAAAGUAUCCCCCGGCUAAUCUGUAUUCAGGCUUAGUUUAGUUAACCACAGUCAGCCCACCAGCUGUGAAGAGACCAAGACUGAUGACGUCCACUUGUGUGAGAAUCCAUUGCAGUAGAAGCUACAGUAAAGUUUACCUCAAACCAACAACAAUGGAACAAGUGUAAAACAAUUUUGAGACUUGAUCACUUUUUUGGAGGAAUUAAUACACACAAUCAAUGUUACUUUUUUAUUAAAAGGCAAUAAAUCAUUAAACAGAGGAAGUUUGACUCAAAUAUGACAUUGAGGCACUCUGGGCAUUCCAGCAACAUGAAAAAGCUAAAGUGGUGGAAUAAAAGUACAGCAUUUUGUCAGAAUCGUACAAGCGAAUGUUUAUUAAUGUUUUUUUUUUUUUUUUUUACAUUUUUAUCAAAUAUAUGUAUAGCCUAUAUACAUGUAAUUAUUUGGUUUCUACAUUCUGAAUGCAGUUACAUUGCAGCUCAAUUAAAUGUAACACUUUAUUUAGCAUAAUCAUGCACAGCUAAUAUGCACAAUUUACAUUCUUUCCUGUCUUGUCAGCAAACAGCCACACAUUUUAGGGUAUGCUGGCAUAAUACAAUCAUUUAUUCUAGUGAGUUGUACACAGCCAUAUGCUUGGAGUCUUUCUCAGUUUUACAUGAUAUUUGACAACAAUCCUGCAGUCUGAUGCUGUCUGUUAGAACUGUAGAUUAUUCUGGUGUGGUUCUGCUCCAUUACAGGGAAGCCCAAGGUACAGUGCAGAAUUCCACCAUUUCCUUGUGAAGCUAUAGCUUAAAAUGAGGGGCCUUGCACACUUGAAACUGCUAACCCUGGGUCAUUUUUUAGCACUGUGUUUACAAUCCUGGGGAAUCUUUCAAUUUCAGAUCUUCAUCACUCCUGUAAAGCUGUGCUAACCCAGGGUUAAAACUGACCUUAACCCAGGGUUAAAAAAAGGCU